AUGUCUGGCUACGAAAGACUACGUCACACGGAUGAUCAAGCUACAAAUAGCAAUGUGGAUCAAGCAGAUAUAGCCGAAGAAGAACAAGAACAAAAAGAAGCAGGAUUCCCACUUCUAGAGGAGAAAUUGGAAGAUGGGCAAACGGAAACACAAAAGAGCAGCAAGCUUGCGAGCUUUUCUGUCCACCCCUCCACGGUCCUUCUUCUAAGCCUUUCUGCUUUCAUACUCAGUUUACUGUUUUAUACGAUUCAGUAUUACUUCGCGGCAACGGAUGCAUUGUGUCAACAGCGAAUGUGGGCCUUCAGCCCCGAGGCAGAUUUCUUGGAAUAUGAAUCGAGGCAAUACAACUCGGAUUUAGUUUCUCAUGACUUUAUUGGAGUACCCACCCAGUAUCGUAGGGAUGCUUGGGACAAUCUUUGGAAAAGCUUGAUCAAUAAGUCAACCGAAACACAUGAAUGGUGGAGUCUGCCUCCUCCGCGAGACAACGAAGUCAUCGCCAUGUCCGAAGGCAUAUAUGAGGCUAAAUUUAUAGCAGUUAUGCAUCAGGUCCACUGUGUUGGUGUCCUGUGGCUCUUUGCGCAUCGAGAUGAGUGGGACUUUCGCACAAUACGGAAUAUGACGGAAGACUUCAUGAAGAUUCACUCCCGCCAUUGUAACGUCAUGCUAAUGAACAUGAUAAAGUGCAUGGCCGAUGUUACACCGGUUUUGUUCCAGAAAGACGUUAAUAACUCAGCUUCUGGCUCCGGGCUGGGAAAGUGGAAAACAAUUGACGCGCCGCGUCGGUGUAAAAACUUCGACAAGCUCUGGAACUGGGAGCGGGAGAACAGUAUUUGCCCUAUGGGCUGUGUGCCCGAAGAUAUUGCUCGUCUCUACCCAGAGAGCAUAUGA